CAGCAGCAGCGGCGGCAGCAGCGGCAGCAGCGCCAGCAGCGGCAGCAGCGGCAGCAGCGGCAGCAGCGGCAGCAGCGGCAGCAGCGGCAGCAGCGGCAGCAGCGGCAGCAGCAGCAGCAGCCGGAGAAGAACUCCACUCCCCGCAGCAGCAACCCCUCCUCCCCUCCCCCCCCCUCUCCUCCCUCUCAGCAGCAGCAGCGCCAGCAGCGGCAGCGGCGGCAGCAGCGCCAGCAGCGGCAGCAGUGGCAGCAGCGGCAGCAGCGGCAGCAGCGGCAGCAGCGGCAGCAGCGGCAGCAGCAGCAGCAGCCGGAGAAGAACUCCACUCCCCGCAGCAGCAACCCCCCCCCCCCUCCCCCCCCCCCCCCCCCCCCCCCCCCCUCUCCUCCCUCUCGGCUGCCGCGGGUCCACCCGCCGUCGCCCUCCCACUUGACCGCCGCGGGUCCACCCGCCGCCGUCCACCUCGAGGCCGCCGCGGGUCCACCCGCCGUCGCCCCUCAUGGCUACCACUCCUCCCCCUCUCCCCCCUCCCAUUGA